AGCCCCCGCGCCAGCCCGACCCGUGGCGGGACCCUGCGCCGGAGCCCCGGGAAGGACGAGGCCGCGCCGGGGCCCCCGGGGAGGCGGAGACGCUGGCGGAGGCCCAACCUGACAGGCACUUCGAGACGUAUCUGUUGGACUGUAAACCCGCUCCGGGCGCCUUACCAAGCCUUCCCCAGAACCCCAAGCAGCCGCAGAAGCGCUCCCGUGCAGCCUUCUCCCACACCCAGGUCAUUGAGUUAGAGCGGAAGUUCAGCCACCAGAAGUACCUGUCCGCCCCUGAAAGGGCCCACCUCGCCAGGAACCUCAAGCUCACCGAGACCCAGGUGAAAAUAUGGUUCCAGAACAGACGCUAUAAGACUAAGCGGAAGCAGCUCUCCUCGGACCUGGGGGACCUGGAGAAGCACUCCUCCCUGCCAGUCCUGAAGGACGACGCCCUCUCCCGGGCCUCUCUGGUCUCAGUGUACAACAGCUACCCUUACUACCCCUACCUUUACUGUCUGGGCAGCUGGAGCCCUGCUUUCUGGUAAAGGGAGCACCGAGGUCAGCCUUGUAAAAUGGGAAAUUGUCUUCCCCAGGGAGGAGGGACUGAGGUCGGGAGCGCUGGGGAGAGACAGGUGUACAGAUCCAAACUCUUGGAGGUUUACAGGGAACUCUUCACUGGUGAGCCAACGAAAGACCUAGGGCAGUGACUAUUUUAAUGUAGAAACAGUUCCCCCGGCGCGCACUUGCGUACUGUAGAGCACUGUAGCUUUCAGUACCCCGAUGGAAGCGGGGAGGGAAAAGGUCAAGUGCUCUCUCCCACACUUGGCAUAACUUUGGAUGAGCUAUCUGCGCUGCUCCUGAGGAUUCUGUCUCUGCAGCUCCAUCCUCUUUGAGUAACUGAGCGUAGGCUUGGAAAGGGCCAACCUAAGGGGAGAAAGGAUGUUGCCUACCACAUUAAGCUGAAGUUCAAAGCCUUUUUGUUGGCCUUGGAAUAUGGCCAAGGUCUUUCUGUGUCCCCAUAAAAAUGAGGGCACACUAGGGUUUCAAAGAACAGCUCCCGGCAGGUUGGCAUGGGAUGUGGGGGCGGUGAAAAUCUCAGCUGCUUAUUCCUUUUCCAAAAGUAUGCUACUUUACAUAUUUACAGGGUGGCCUCCGAGGAACGAGAUGCACUCACUGUGGCUUUUAAGACAAGCUGUAUGGGGGCUGGGGAUUUAGCUCAGUGGCAAAGCGCCUGCCUGGCAAGCGCAAGGUCUUGAGUUCGGUUCCCGGUAC